AUGACGCUUUGGAUCUUGUAUAAUCCGAGCGCAACAACAUCACCCUUCUCGGCAAGUUCGUCUGCGAUCACGACACUGCCUACAUUCACAACGAGACUAGCCAUUGUGGUGCGUGGCGGCGUCGAAGAUAUUGUCCAAUUUGGCCCUGAAAUCGACUACUUUAACCGCAACAACAUAAUCCAUCUCGGAUUGUUCACUUGCGACUACGAAACUGGCUACCUCUACAACUUCAAUAAGGCUACCUUCGCAAGAGGAAACAGCGAGGUCUCCGUUGACUACCGCCACAAUUUCACCCCUACCGGUGACGCAGACCGUGACAGUGUUGAUUAUGAUCAGUUCAAUUGGCAGUGGUUCGAAACUCAAAACUGGGUACGCAACGAUCCUGUCGAUCUCAUCAGCUGA